AUGGAAGAGAAAGAUGCUUUAUUGAAGUUGCAAAAGCAUUUUGAAGCGCAAUUUGGUAAUGUGGAAGGGAUUUUGCCUGUCCAAACUCAAAGUUCCAAUGAAGAGUCUGUUAACGAAAACGAAGAAGAAAGUGGAAACGAAAGCUUAGAUGAAUCAGAGAAAGAUUCCUCAGGAGAAGAGGAAGAAGAACAAGAAACGGAAUGGACGCCUUCUUCAUCUUCCAUCGUUAGAGUAUCUCAUCAAGAAAAGGAAAAGCCCAUUGUUUUAAGGGCACCCGGAAAGAAUUCGUUUUUGAAGAAAAUGCCAAAACUGGAGACGGAAGAGGAUUUGAAAUUAAAAAGGAGAAAUGAGCUUCGCAGGAGAAAGUCUUCUCGAGAUGGUGAAGAAGACGAGACCCCUGACAACGAAGCUGAGAAUUUAAAGAAUGAUGUAGAGCUUCAAAAGCUUCUUCGGGAAUCUCAUUUGCUUCAUGAGGUCUCUUCACGCACUGGAGAAACAAAUCUUGUAGCACAAGGAAAGGUCCGACAGAAAGCCAUCCAACAACACAUCAAGGAAUUGGGAGGAAAGGAGAAAGAACAAAAAAUGCCAAUGAUUGCUAGAAAGGGAAUGGCCCAAAAAAGGAAGCAUAUUGACGGGAUUAUCCAAAAGGAGGCUCGUGAAAGCGGUACUGUGCUGGCGAAAAAGGCAAAGCAACCAAAGAAGCAAAAGAAGGGAUUUGUCCCGGGAACAUUUUCUUUACCGGGAAAAUUCGUUGGCGGAACUCUUCGUCUUCCAAAAAGCAUGGCUCCUUAA